AUGAAUUUGAAAAGUUUCAUUACAUGGAUUUACAACAAAGGGAUCAAUUAUAACCUUUUUAUGUUGAAAGAAGAUGAAUAUAAUGAUGAUGUUGAACAUCCUCCAAAUCCACAUUUGAUUGUGAAAUAUCAAAAAUAUAAAACUUGGCUUUAUAUUCUUCUUUUUACAGUUUGUUUUUAUAUUUUAUUCUACAUCAAUCUAAUCAAAACGAGUUCAACAACAGUUGUCAUAUCGAACAUAACACUCCCUACAUACAUUAAACUUUACCAUAAACAUUAUCAAACACUCAUCUGCCCAUGUUCAACUAUCACAAUUCCUUAUCAAAACGUUACCGCAAACAAUAUCACAACACAUCCUAUAUGUUCAAGCGUUUUCAUCAGUCGAGAAUGGGUCACGAAGUUAUAUUUUGAAAAUGCAAGUGAAUAUGGUGUGUGGGAUUUUCGAACAACAGCAUAUUCACAAUUUGAAUUGUUGUCAAGAUUUUGCUCUCUUUCAAAACAAAUCAUUUCUCAGAUUCUGAUUGAUGUGAAUAAUACUGAACUUGUCAAUCUUUAUCUUCUUUCUGAAAAGCAAAUUGAGAGAGAAAUUUAUGGAACGAUUGAACAUUUGAAAAAUAGUGCAACAUCUCGAAUGAUAACGUUCUUUGAUUAUCUAAAAAAUACAACUGACAGACAUUAUGUCAUCACUGCUCUCAAUACAAAUUUCAUCAUUUUAGCAAUUGAUGAAGCGAAUAAAUAUCUUUCUUUGGAAGGGUACGAAUCACAGUCAUUAUUUAAUGAAUUAUCGCUAUGGAAUGAUGAUUCAAUGUUUUUGGUCAAUGCUACACUUAGUUCACUACCAUCAGAACCGGAUGAUUUACGUAAAAGAUAUGAAUUAUAUCUAAAGUCUGUUUCAAUGGUUGUCGAUGGAUUCCUCAUAGGAUAUACACCUCUUUAUGCACUUCUCCAUAGUACAUUAGAUUGUCUUUACAAAGUGCAAUGUCUUCAGCUACUACUCGAUUAUUUUCCAAAAUUAACACAACUCAAUUUCAAUCUAAAUAAUUCAGCUUUAUCCUCUCAAAAUGAAAGAAUACCUGUUGAUCAAUAUUUGAGUAAUCUUUUCAUCACAAACUGGUCAAGACAUAUUGAUUAUGAGAAAUAUUUUCAACUAUGUUCUCCAUCUUCAUGUUCAUAUUCGAAAACAGAACAAACAGAAUUAGUCUAUGCGAUAACAAUUUUCAUCAGUCUCUAUGGCGGUCUUAUCAUUGUUCUUCGUCUCAUCGUAUCAUUUUCUGUUGAUACCAUAACUAAAUGGAAAUGUUGGUCAAAAAACAGGAAUGACAAUCCAACAGAACAACGAGCCAAGAAGUGGAAACUGAUUGAAACAAUGAGACAACUGAAUUUGUUUAAGGAUAUUAAUGAUAGAACAGAAUUAGGUAUUAGACAACAGAAGAUCGUCACACGUGUUUAUCUGACUUUAUUGUUUGGUUCAAUCUGUACUAUUUGUUUGUUUACGUCUUUGAAUACUGAAGUGAUGAUGAUGAUAGAAAAACAUCCAACAAUCACAAUGUAUUAUUUUUUACAAAGUUCUUUUGCCGACUCAUUUCAAUGCCCAUGUUCGAAAAAGGCAAUAUCUUAUGGAAGUUUUCUGUCAUUAUCACCACGUUUCCAUCAAAUAUGUUCUAGCGGUUUCAUACAUGACAGCUGGAUCAACGUGUUAGAUGGUUAUGCCACUGACUUUCCUUUAAAUGAUUGGCGAUACCGUCUACAUUUACAAUUUCAGUUUUUGUCUGAUUUUUGUUACUUAAGCAACAAGACGAUCGGUGAUGCUAUAGGUCGAUACCUGUCUCAGUUAUUUCUUGUUUCGUUUGCGAUGAACGAAACUGAACUCAACAAACAAAUCAAUAUAAGUCUCAAUCAGUUUUAUCGAUCGACAGUGUAUAGUUUUGCUGUGAUGACCGAUGUUUUACAGCUUCGGUUACAGAUGGAUCAGCUAUAUAUAGAACCAGCGAGAGAAGACAUUGGAACGUCUUCUGACGUUAACUUGAUGAUUGAUGUCUUGACAGAGGACAUAGAUGCCAACCAACAAAUGAAGUUUUACUUUCGAUUGAAUGAACUUCAAGAAAUUAAUUCAACGAUGACCAAAUGCAUCUGUGCUAUUGACCCGUAUUGUCAAGCUCCAGCUGUUGCAUAUGAAUAUUUCUUUACACAAGGGACUGUUCCUGAUAAGGCUCCAUUUCACUAUGUUCCAGGCUGGAUUCGACGGUGUCUUGCUGUUGAUUCUCUUUUACUUUCAUCACUUGAAUGUUUGUAUGAAAAUUCCGCUUGUUUUCCAUCCUUAUUGGUUAUUUUUUCUGAGUGGAAUAAGUACCCACCUGAUCUUGUCCCAAUGAUUUAUGACCCAACAACGACUCGAUUCUCUCAGCAAGAAAAUAUUUCCACUAUAUUCAGAGAGAUGAUGAUUGAACAAUGGUAUUCUUCAAUAUCUUAUGCGUCAUUCUAUGACGCAUGUGCACCUACUUAUUGUACUUAUUCUCAAAGAAUGCAUACAAAAAACUUCCUCGGAGUGAUCAUAACAUUACUAUCAAUGAUUGGUGGUAUGACAGUUUCACUAAGAAUUUUUACACCUAAUCUUAUCAAAAUGGUUAUUCGAUUAUUGGCCAUGAUUAGGAAAGGCAGACGGCAACGCUCGCAACGAGGUAUCGUGAUUAAAUCUUCCUUUCAACGCUUUCUCUUCAUGCCUUUCUUAUAUCGCUUAGUCCAUCAAAGUUUUUUCAUUCGAAUGAAGGUCAUCAUAUAUAAUGAUAUCAAACUUUUGUCAACAAAACUAUUUAACCUGAAUAUAUUUGUAUCAUCCGAGUUUGGGAGUAAUGUUGAUCGACUCACAACUAAAAACUAUGGUCGAUGGGCAACUCGUCUCUAUGUUAUCUUAUUUCUUAGCAGUUUCAUCGUUCUCACCUUGUAUACAAUUUUUCAAUCACGUACUGUGACAACAACAUUCACCCAACCCUUAUUUGAUACCUAUGAAAUAUUACAAGAAAUUCAUGGCAAUCAACUCAAAUGUUUAUGUUCACAGAUUGCAUCAACAUAUAAUGCGUUUGUUGAAAUAGCACCAGUAUUUCAUCCAAUUUGUUCAAGUAAGUUCGUACAAAAAGAAUGGCACAUGCAAAUAAUAGAUGGCCUUACAUUGAACUUCUCUACUUAUUCAUUCAAUGAUUAUCGUCGAUUCCUUUCUGCUCAUCUUCAAUAUCUUCAAGUAUUAUGUCAGAUCUCACGAGAUUCAGUUAACAAUGCUAUCAAUGAACUUCUUACAUCACUAUUAGUCACUACUGAACUUCUCUCUCAACAAGACUUUCAUCAUCGUAUCAACAUCACAAUUAAACAAAGUGAAUCCAAUGCUCCAAUUCUCUUAUCUCGUUUUCUCUUCAUCGUUCAAAGUGUGGUUCAUGGAAAUGCUUUUAUGACAACAUACCAGACUAAUUUUCAAUAUUUUACUCUCUUUCAUAAUGCCGCCGAAAUCUUUCUAUUUACAGAGGCAAUGGUCUAUGAUGAUAAUUGCUCAUGCGGACUAUCCCCAAAUUGCACGACCCAAGCAAAUUUCAUUGAAAACGAUUCUUCAGAAAGAAUUGAACUUAUUGGACUGAAAAUAGGAUGUUUACCAAGUGAAUCUUUUCAUUUAUCAACUCUCGAAUGUUUUCACAAUCAAUCAUGUGUUGAUCUACUUCAUCAAUACACAAACUAUCCAAACAUUACUGUUCCUCGUUGUAUUACAUCAAAUCGCUUUCUACCAAAUACAACUGUUGAUGAGUUGAUAGACCAUGCAUUUACUGAACAAUGGAAAACACAAAGGAACUAUUCACAAUACUAUCAUCGAUGUUCACCCUUAUCAUGUUCAUAUUCUUACACUGAGAAGUUCAAUAUCUUUUACAUCAUUGCACUUUUUCUCAGUCUUCAAGGUGGUUUGACGUUAGUUCUGGGAUGGAUCUGUCCGAAACUAAUUCAAAUUGCAUUGAAAAUGUAUGAAUAUUAUCGUAGAAGACACAUGACAUCAGUUCAUCCUGUUCACUCACCUUCGACCACAUCAGAUCAUCUCGACUGUACUGCUGACCUUCAAACAUCCAACCGAACAACUAUCUCACGGACUCAGUAUUAUUCCAAAUUAAUUUUCGCAGCUAUCACACUGAUGCUGCUAAUGAUUGUUAUUGUGAUAUUUUCGGUUUAUUAUGCGAGAAAAGCAGUUGUAGUGAUGAAUAAAACAACAGGUCGAAAUGAGAGCACAACAACGAUAACAAGUACAAUAAUGACGGUAUCUUCGACUACAACGAAUUCAUUGUGUCAAAAUAAGUUUCGACUGGUGUCAACCAACAUUUCUUGUUUAUAUCACACCGUGCAUCAGCUUACUGUGACAAGUGGUGACUUAAACAAUGAUAAACGAAUGGAUCUGAUAUAUUCUUGCGGAUCUGAUGAAAAUGAGACGGUGGUUGUAUCGCUAAGUAAUGGAAAUGGAACAUUUUCUGAUUCAAUGAUCUUUGUCUUGCCCAGAUCUCAUCGGGUCAAAUCUAUUAAUAUUGCUGAUUUUAAUAAUGAUGAUCGAUCUGAUAUACUUCUAGUAAUGGGAAUUAAUGAUAUUCAGGGAAAGUUAAUGGUAUUAUUAGGAAACGGCAAUGGAACAUUUCAAAAUUUAACGAUGUUGUCGUUUGGUGAUAUUGGUCGAAUAACUCAUGUCAAUAUUGCUGACUUGAAUAAUGAUAAUCGAUUUGAUGUGCUCCUAGCACUAUGCCUUAAUGAAACGGCAGUGUUAGCCAUUGUAUUCGGCUAUGGUAAUGGCACAUUUCAAACACAGUCUGUAGUAUCGUCUAUCGCAUCUGUGGGCAGUGUAUCUGAAGUGAUACUGAUUGAUAUUAAUAAGAAUAACAUGUUGGAUAUCGUUGUACAUUAUGCAUUGCUUAAGAAUGUUCAUAUACUAUUUGGACAGAAUAAUGGAAGUUUUUCAUCGGCAUUUUCAUUAAUGAAAAACGGGCUGAUAUCGAUGCCGUUAUGUAUUAGCGACAAUAACAAUGAUGGUUAUCUGGAUAUUAUCCUAUAUAGCCCCGAAUCUUUGCAUAUCCAUGUUUUUCUUGGAAGUGCGAAUGGAAUAUUUGAAAUGCAAACACCGCUAUUCACCAGUUUUCUCCCUACGAUCAAAUAUGUAAUAACUGGUGACUUCGAUAGUGACAAUCAAUCUGAUAUUGCUGUUUUUUACAAUGGGGAAGAUCUUGAAUAUAUAAUCUAUAAUUAUUUUAAUGAUAGUUUCCGACGGAAAGAAAAAAUCAAUGUGAAAUUACUUGGAAAAAUGGAUAAAUUUCUUAUGAGUGAUAUAAAUAAUGAUAAUCAUGUCGAUAUUGUUAUUGAUAUAUACCCUUCCCACGCUAUCGAUGUAUUAUUUGGAUAUGGAAACAAUCAAUUUUCUGCACAAAGGGUUAAUUCGAAUGAACGGCGUUCUCGUGAUUGGUUUGGCGUUAUCGAUGUGAAUAAUGAUAAUUAUAAAGAUAUAGUCAGUAUUAGUAGGCUGUCGAGGCUUAUUGACGUUCUGUUAAAUAAACAUGAAUGCUCUAUUUUCUGA